AUGGUGGAAAACAUCUCAGACUUUGGCUUCCCUUCCUUAUUCCUUGUUGGCAUUCCCAACCUGGGACGCUUCCAUGUCUGGUUCGGCUUUCCUGUCUGCUUCAUUUACAUCUUGACCUUGUUGGGGAACUGCCUCCUUGUCCUCAUGAUCAAGACUGAGUCAAGCCUCCACCAGCCCAUGUAUUUCUUCCUGUGCAUGCUGGCUUUCAAUGACAUGGCUAUCUCUUCUUCUACGGCCCCCAAGAUGCUCAGCAUCUUCUGGUGGCAUGCCCAUGGUAUUGACUUUGACUCCUGCUUGACCCAGAUGUACUUCAUCCACACCUUCUCCAUCAUUGAGUCCGCCCUCCUCCUUUCCAUGGCCUUUGACCGAUACAUCGCCAUCUGCUAUCCUCUGCGCUAUUCCAAUAUCUUGACCAAUCGUGUGGUGAUCAAGAUGGGGCUGAUUGGGGCAACCCGAGGAAUCCUCAUGGUCCUUCCGUGCCCAGUCCUCAUCAAGAGGUUGACGUACUGCACCCAAAAUGUCAUCCAGCACAGCUACUGUGAACACAUGGCUUUGGUGAAACUGGCCUGCUCCGAUACCCUUGUCAACCGGGUCUAUGGCAUCUGUGUGGCACUCUCAGUGAUGGUGGUGGAUCUGGGCCUCAUCGCCGGGUCCUACCUCAAGAUCCUCCAGGCUGUCUUCCGACUCUCUUCUAAGGAGGCCCGCUCUAAAGCCCUGAGCACCUGCAUCGCUCAUGUCUGUGCUAUCCUCCUCUCCUACCUGCCUGCACUUUUCAGCUUCCUGACCCACCGCAUAGGCAGAAAGGUCCCCGCCUAUAUCCACACUAUCAUUGCCAGCAUUUACCUUUUGGUACCUCCUGCCUUGAACCCCUUAGUCUAUGGUGUAAAGACAAAGCAGAUCCGGGACCGUGUAAUUGACAUUUUUUUCCCCAAAAUGAUUCUCAAGCACUAG